ACCAGAUAAAAGCUAAUUAAGUAUAUCUUGUAUUAAUGUUAAAUUAAGACGUCUAAAUAUAUUUCUAAUACAUUUCUGUCGUUUUCGGAACACAUUCUAUACAAUUUAAUGUUCCGCAACUGUGCAGUGCGUGUGUAUUCUUAUUAGCAAAAUGAUAUCGUGAUAAAAAAAUAUGUCACGGGGCUUUAAAAUUUUGAUUUACAUAUCUUUAGAUAACCUAAAUCGUCUUACUUUGAUUGAAAUAUCAAUCUAUUAAGUGGUAUUAGUGUGUGCGUUUUCUGUUUGUCGUGCAUGGAUACACACGCAAAAAUCAUAAUAAAUUGCUGCAUUUUAGCAUUUAUUUAGUGGGUAUAUAAAUUGUCUAGUUUUAAGGUUGUGAGAUACCAUAAGAAACAUGUGAAUGUGGAUAUAGUUUGAAGAAAAAUGAAAAGGAGGAUACCAAGUUAAAAGGCUACAAUAACCGGAACUGAUGUCAAUGAGAAAUAGUGCAUUGAAUUGAAGGUUAAUGAAAAACAUGAAAUUAGGAAUUUUGUAUUAUAAGUUACUUGAAAUAGGGAGAAGUAUAGGUUUUAAUGACAGCGGACUGAUGUACAUUAGAUAAUUUGCACUUAGCACACGUAUAGCUAAAUACAGUAUAAAUAUGUAAUACCGCUACAAAGAAACUGGAUGUUUAAAAAAGUGACUGUUACUGAAUAACAUUUAACAUAUAACUAUACAUACACUUACAUUUUUAUUUCAGCAAGUUAAAUACAUUUGACGAGGACUUUCUAUCUUUUAAGUAACUUAUCUAAAGAAAAAAAAUAUUUUAGUGAAAUAUAAGCACAAGUUAUCUUUAAUGACGCAGUUUGAUGACUCUUUGCAUUUGUAAACAAAAUUAUGCCUAAAUUUAUUGCACUAUUUAAAAUUUACAACCCGGGUAUGGCAAGUUAAAAAAGGACGAGUAUUUUGACUGGCCGCUGCUCUCUACAAAACAACAAAUAUCAGAUCAUGUAAUAAACCACUCCACUAAGCCAAGUGGGUAUAACAGGCUGGAUAAGCAUAAAUACAGAAACUGAACAAAACUACCGUUACAACCAGUAAUAGGAACAAAUAAUAUAAAUUUCGAAAACAAUACCGGGGGAUUGGAAAGAAAAUAGGAUGUUUCUCUACUGAGCCUUCAGUAAUAUCCCGAAAAUGAAAGAUUUGAAAUCUCGACGUAGAAAAAGGGAGCUCGUUUUAGCCGUUGGUACAAUACCUGAGGAAAAGGAGAUACAAAUGGAUCAAUUGAAGAGCAAAACUGAACCAACCAAUGAAAAUGAAAUACACCAACCAGCCGCUAGGGGGCAAACAAUUAUGGCCGACAAACAUGAUUUGGGAUACGAGCAAACAUUGUUAUAUGGUCGCUACACUAAAGAUCUUGGCAGUUUUGCCAAGUUUCAGGCAAAGAGAAUUAAGACACAAGACAAGGUUGACUUUGGAAAAGCAGAACCAAAGCCUAGAAACAGAUUAUGGGAAUUAAUCGGUUUACUUGUUCGGCUACGAGAUUGGAUAUUACAGAAGGUCGGUGAAGAUUGGAUAUUUCUUGCCUUGUUAGGCAUUAUAAUGGCAAUCCUUAGUUUUGCUAUGGAUUAUGUUAUUGAAAAAAUGCAAGAGGCAAAAAUAUGGUUGUAUGAAGAGUGCUCAUUUUCAUUAACUUUACAGUACUUCUGUUGGGUGCUGUACUCCUUGCUGCUGAUUACAUUUGCCACAGGAUUUACUCACCUUGUGUCUCCACAAGCAAUAGGUUCAGGGAUUCCAGAAAUGAAAACUAUACUACGAGGGGUUGUGUUAAAAGAGUUUUUAACUUUUCGAACACUUAUAUCUAAAGUUGUUGGGUUGUGUUCAUCAUUAGGCAGUACUCUGCCAUUUGGAAAAGAAGGUCCAUUUGUACACAUUGCCAGUAUUGUAGCCAACUUACUGGGAAAAUUAUCAUCAUUUAAAGGCAUUUAUGAGAAUGAAUCUCGUCGGUCGGAGAUGCUGGCUGCGGCAUGUGCUGUUGGGGUUGCAGGGACAUUUGCAGCACCUAUAGGGGGGGUAUUAUUCAGUAUAGAGGUAACAGCGACAUACUUUGCUGUGAGGAAUUAUUGGCGGGGUUUCUUCGGAGCUGUUUGUGGAGCAGUUGUGUUCAGGUUGUUGGCCUUUUGGUUUAAGUAUGAAGAAACAUUGACAGCGCUGUUUAAAACUAACUUAAAAACAGAUUUCCCUUUUGAUCCACUGGAAUUGCUUGCAUUUUCAUUUAUAGGGAUAGCCUGUGGUUUAAUUGGUGCCUUGUUUAUUUUAACACAUCGAAGAAUUAUUUUGUUUACAAGAAAACAUAAAAAGAUGUCAGCAUUUUUGCAGAAAAAUCGAUUUAUAUACCCUGGCCUGGUUGCCAUUGUGAUAUCUUCUACUACUUUUCCUCCAGGGCUGGGACAGUACUUUGCAGGAGAGUUAACACAUAGACGAGCUGUAGAUGAGUUGUUCAGCAAUAUAACAUGGACGACCGGUCAGGCUGAUGACUUGGAUGAGGAAGAAAUUCUCAGUCACUGGAAACAUCCGGACACAAAUAUAUACGCUAGCCUUGUUUUAUUUAUCAUUAUGAAUUUUUGGAUGGCUGCCAUAUGUAACACGUUACCUAUCCCGGCUGGAGUGUUUGUACCAGUGUUCACCAUAGGAGCAGCAUUUGGUCGUCUGAUUGGAGAAAGUAUGGCAGCUUGGUUUCCUAAUGGAGUGAAAUCAGGGGAUGUGAUACAUAAAAUAGUACCUGGAGGGUACGCUGUAGUAGGUGCUGCAUCAUUGUCUGGUAGUGUAACUAGGACCAUAUCAACUUCUGUGAUAGUGUUUGAGCUGACUGGUCAGAUCUCACACGUUCUUCCUGCUGUGAUAGCUGUUUUAAUAUCAAAUGCUGUGGCGAAUUUGUUCCAGCCGUCAUUUUAUGACAGUAUUAUAAGACUCAAAAGAUUGCCUUAUCUGCCAAGCAUUGUAUCUUCAAAAGUUGAUUCCUGGCAUGUGUAUGUGGAAGACAUCAUGAUAAAACAAGUGCAGCUCAUAUCAUUUGUGUCAACAUACAAGGAACUUCAUGAUUUACUCGAGAACACAAAGUUUAGAACAUAUCCACUUGUUGACUCAAAAGAUUCUAUGAUUCUACUUGGCUCUGUGAAAAGGUUUGAGUUGGAGAGGAUGUUGUGGGUACAUCUUAGUCAGGAACAGAAGGUUGUCAUGCCAGAAGAUGAGGAUGUUGCAUCAACACCGGGAUCCAGUCGCGCCCCCACCCCACCACCCAGAUUUGAGUUUAUUCCUGAGAAACCAAAGUCGAGGUUCAAGGUUUCAAAAGUGGAUGAGACUGUGAAGCCAGGGAAAAAACGAUCAGCAUUUUCCAUUGCUAGAUCAUCUAGUGCUAGUUCAUUAGAGGAUUUAUCCAAGUUGGAGAGGGAGAACCGAACAUAUCAUACAUUAAACCUUCCACUCCGGUCUAUACUGAAACAAAGCAACAGUGGUAGAACUUCUCCAUCCAUGCCUAAAUCUUCCAGUUAUUCUGAUUUGCAAGUGGAUAUAGACAAGCAUUUCAGAAAGUUGUCACAUCAACAUGCAGACAGCAUAGCUGAGGAUAUCCCGUUUGUUUUAGAUAAAAACAACAUACAAGCAAUGACGAAAAAAGUAAAAUUGCCUCCAGAACCAGUCAAAGUCAACACACUGCCAGUUGAUCAGCUAGAGGCAUGGGAACAGAAUCAGCUGAUGAAGGUUAUUGACUGGGAAGGUUGCCAGAUAGAUCCUGCUCCAUUCCAGCUGGUCGAGAGAACUUCAUUACAUAAAGUCCAUUCGUUAUUUUCAUUACUGGGGUUGAACCAUGCUUAUGUCACCAAUACAGGAAGGCUGGUUGGAGUUGUGGCUUUGAAAGAGCUUCGGCAUGCUAUCCAAGGUCACAUAGAUGAACAAGCAGAGAGAAAGAAGAAGUAUAAGCCUCAAAGAAAACCUAGUGAGGAAUAUUCUGACUCUGAAGAUGAACUUGAUGACCCCCAGCAACUUCAGGUUGAGCACUCAGAUGAACCAGAUGGAUAUAGACUGGUCAACAGAUUUAGUGUAAAAUUGAAUGAUGAAAAUGAAAAUGUGAACCAGUCUUCUCAGGUGUGAAUAAAUGGGCCUGUCUGAUUGGCUAAAAAUAUCAGAUGCGAAAGAUUGUAAUGAACAAAGUGUGAAAAGAUAUUAUUGUAUUAAUGUCAACGAAUCAAAGAUAUUUCAAGUGUUACUGUGCAAUACUGAUCUUUCAGAAGUGUUCAAACAAAACUUAUCUUCCAAAAUGUGGUUUGAUUUUCAGUUUUACAUUAUAAAAUAAUAAAGAAGAUUAUGUUAAA